AGCGGGCAGGGCGGUGGGCGGCGGCGUAGGGCGGGCAGUGCGGGACGGGACGGGCAGUCCUCUGGGGCCAGGUGAGCUGCUGCUGGGCUCUUGGGGGCAGAGGCGGCUGGAGGCGGCGGGCUGUCCAGGACGAGGAGAGAUCGGCAACGCGGCGGGGUGCGAAGGUCGAAGUCGCCCUGAGCUGCCGGGCUGAGGAGUUCACAGUGUUGCUAUUAAGAUGAUAGAACCUUCAGAUGAUAGAACCUGCAGAAUGGCUGCCUGGGGAAAACAGCACUGCUGUGUUGGCAGAAUACAGGAUAUUUUCUUGAGAUUCAGGAUUGUUCUAGCAGUCCUUUUACUUCAUUUGUUCCUGGCUACAGCAGGCAAAGAUCAGGAUUUCUUAGGACAAUAUAAAGCCGUCUUUAAGACUGCAUGCGAAGAUCCUUGGAUUUUGUCACCAAGAAUUUCUCUGCGUCCCUUGAAAGAAUUCUUUGUCUGUGUGCACCUCAAGCUAUAUUCCUCAAAUAGUCCCUGGACAGCGUAUGUAUACAAUCAAGAAACACCUCACGCCAAUCUCUCUGCAAAUAAGUAUGAUCUUGGCCUUACAGGAGAUCAUGGUAAAUUGAGGAUAUGGUUGUUUGGAAAUCAAAUAAAUACAACAGCAAGACUUCAUGAAAACACUUGGAAUGAGAUAUGUAUCCAGUGGAAAAGUGAAGAUGGGGAGAUGAAGGUAUUCAUAAAUGGAACAAAAAAAGUAAGCAAAAAACUAACUGGGAAAGUUAAUUUGCCUGGAAAAGGGCAGUUCUUACUUGGCUGUUCGAAGCUGCCAGGUACAGCUAUGUCACCUAACCUGGGUAUGACUGGGGAGCUGUACAUGUUCAGAAUGUGGGAUAAAGCAAAUAUAAAGCAAUCUCUGGACUGCAAAGAUAGUGGUGUUAUACGCUGGAGAAAGGAGGACUGGGUCUAUAAUAAGACAGUAGAAGAGGAUAACUCUUUGCCAUGUGUUAAAACUGCUGCUACGUUGCCUGGCAGAAAACAGAUAACAGCUGCAAAUUCAGAAGAAUCAUCUGCAACAACCAUUUCUGAAUCCUCUAUUGUUACUUUUAUCACCUAUCCUAUUAAUCCUUCAGAUAUGUCUUCAGAGGAGACUACACAAACUGCAGAAACUCUUAACAUCACUGAUUAUUACUCCACCGUAACACCAGCAGGAGAAACCAUUUUAUGCAACAUAACACGUGUCUGUAAUUUUUCAGUGUUCUAUGUGGGCAAGGUAAAACUUCAGGCAAGAGAAGAAAGUAACACAUCGCUAAGUGUAGAAAUAAUUAAUAACAUAACCAUCAACAAUCAAGUUACAAAAUUAAUUGCAAUUCCAGCACCUACCCUACAAGAAUUGAGAAUUUCAGAUUUCAACAAAACCUUGCAAGCAGUAAGUGAGUCUUCUGUAAUGGAAUGCAGUACAGAAAACCAGAGUAUACACUGCAAUUUCAUAAUGAAGCUGGCUGAGAGAGAGAAUAUAAGCAGUUUAACAGACAAAGCUGAAAUAAGCAAAAUUGAACAGUGCUGCUGUUCAUCACUGAAAUAUUGUUCCUUGAGUGCUGAAGAAUUACAAAUGUAUACUAUACAAGUGCCACCUCAUUCUAUAUGGGUUCCUUUCCCUCAUUCUCCUUCUCUCCCUAAAAAGACUCCCCCCAAAUCUAAUACUUUUAUUCCCCCAACUAUGUUUUCUACCAAACAAAGCCCCACAAUUAGACCACUGAUCCCACCAUUCACAGAAAUUUCUUUUUCUGGAACUCUCUCCACAUCUCCCACUACAAAUCCUCUCUCUGAAACUUCCACCACAUCAUCUACUGAAACUUCUGUGUCUUCCACCAGUGUUACCACUACGCUUUCCUCUUCUGAGUCUCUUGCUCAACCUACUAUACCAACUUUUCCUUCCAUAGCUUCUAAUAAAUCUGUCACUACUUCCACACCUGCAAUGAAAUCUGUCACUAAGGCCGCUUUCUCAAUUAAAUCUGAUGCUGCAUAUGUUAGCAAGCCUAUUACAAUAAUUUCUCCUUCUGUAGGUUUCACUAAACAUUCUGCAGUUUCCUCUUCUGAGCUUUCCCCCAAACCUCCAAUAGCAGUUCCCCCCUUUGAGACUACCACCAAAUCUGCUGCACAAAUUCAUCGUGCUACAGAUUCAACCCAGGUUAUUUCUGGUAACAAAAAUGUUACUGCAGGACCUAUUCUUCCCCUUACUCCUUUCACAAUAACUUUGACCCCUACUGUUAGUCCUGUCAACCGUUCUGUCUCAGCUUCUCAUCCUCAUUCUACUGCUGAUGGCCAUGGUAGCCUGCCUAAUGGGAGCACAGGAAAGAUACUAUCAUCUACCACAUACACAACUUCUGUAUAUACCACCAUUAAUACCACCACAGCUGAGCAAAUCGUGUCCAAAAUAGAAAAUGAUUUAGCAGCUGGAAAAGUAGAGCCUAAAGACGUAGAAAGGAUGGUUAGUGAGGUUAGCAAAGUCCUGACUGCUUCCCAACCAUUACCACCCCGAAUUUCUAACAGAAUUAUAAAACUGGUGGAUUAUAUUGGCUUAAAACUGAACUUUCCAACAACAUCUGCCGAUUUUGCCUCCCCUUCCUUGGCUCUGGCAGUUGUCAAAACCAAUAGCAUCCGCUCCAAUCAAAUGUCUUUUGCUGUCCAGGACUCGGCUGAUCUCCAGAUCUCUCUAGGUGUUGAUGCAAUUCAUGAUGUAAAUAAUCUUGGAUCUAUUAUGCUUCCUUCAUCACUGCUAACAAAUUUACCGCCUGAAGAGUUGGACUUGGCUUCCAGAAUUAUAUUCAACUUCUUUAAAAAGACCACUGUGUUCCAGGAUCUGUCCUUGAAGAAUGCAUCUUUAAUCAGCAAUGUUAUAUCAUCAAGUGUUGCUAACCUCACAGUUAGCAACUUAAAGGCAAAUGUUACUGUCACUUUACAGAAUAUCAAACCUAAUCAGGAUAAUUCAACAGUACGAUGUGUUUUUUGGGACUUUAAUAAAAAUGGUGGACAUGGAGGCUGGUCAUAUGAAGGUUGCAUAGUUAAAGAAAGUAGAGUAAAUGAAACAGUCUGUUCAUGCAACCACCUCACAAGCUUUGCAGUUUUGAUGAACUUGUAUGGAAAUACUCCUUUGAAUCCCACACAAGAAUUGGUACUGACUUUUAUAUCUUAUAUAGGCUGUGGCCUCUCUGCAAUUUUUCUUUCUAUUACUCUUGUGACCUACAUAGCCUUUGAGAAAAUCCGGAGAGACUACCCCUCCAAAAUCCUUAUUCAGCUGUGUGCUGCAUUACUUCUACUCAACUUAAUUUUUCUCCUUGACUCAUGGAUCGCACUGUAUGAUACACGAGGCCUAUGCAUUGCAGUUGCAGUAUUUCUUCACUAUUUCCUUUUGGUUUCCUUCACCUGGAUGGGCCUAGAAGCUUUCCACAUGUAUCUGGCCCUUGUGAAAGUCUUUAAUACCUAUGUACGGAAAUACAUUCUUAAAUUUUGCAUUGUUGGUUGGGGGUUACCAGCAGUAGUUGUGUCCAUCGUGUUGGCAGUAUCACCAGAUAAUUAUGGACUUAUCACCACUGGAAAGGUUUCAAUAAACAGACCUGAUGAAUUCUGCUGGAUUAAAAAUAGAGUUGUCUUCUAUAUUACUGCUGUGGGAUACUUUUGCCUGAUAUUCCUGAUCAACAUCAGCAUGUUCAUUGUUGUGCUGAUCCAGCUCUGUCGUAUCAAAAAGAAAAAACAACUUGGUGCUCAAAGAAAAACCAGUAUUCAAGACCUUAGGAGUGUUGCUGGCCUAACAUUCUUGUUGGGAAUUACUUGGGGAUUUGCUUUCUUCACAGUCAAUGACGUAUUUACUUACCUCUUUACCAUUUUCAACACUUUGCAAGGGUUCUUCAUUUUUAUUUUCUAUUGUGUAACAAAGGAGAAUGUCCGUAAACAGUGGAGAAGAUAUCUCUGUUGUGGGAAAUUCAGGCUGGCUGAAAACUCUGACUGGAGUAGAACUGCUACUAAUGGUUUAAAGAAGCAGACUGUAAAUCAAGGAGUAUCCAGUUCUUCCAAUUCCUUACAAUCAAACAGUAACUCCACUAACUCUACAACAUUGCUAAUGAAUAAUGAUUAUUCAGUGCACGCAAAUGGAAAUGGCCAUCUUUCCAGUGAGAAAAAUGGUGUUUCUUUCAGUGUACAGAAUGGUGAUGUGUGUCUCCAUGACUUUUCAGGCAAACAACUUGUAUUUCAAGAAAAGGAUGAUACAGGCAGCCAAAAAAGCCGUAUCUCACUCAGAAGGACUUCAAAGAGGGGAAGCCUAACUUUUAUUGAGAAAAUGUGAUUUCCUUUCAAACAGCACACUGUUUUACAGUGUGAAGUACAGAUUUACUUUAACACUUUUACAUAAUGUGAGCAGACCAAGAACUGAUUUUAUUUAAUAUAUGGUACUGGAACUUCAAGGCAGCCAUGCAAUGGAUUGACAAGGACAAUUUUUUUUUUUUUUUAAAGGAAGCUACUAUUUUGAGAAGGUAUCUUGGAUGUCGAAUUACAGCUGGCACAUUUCCCUUUUGAGUCUUCAUUAGAGGAUUUUUUGAGUUUUUUUACAUUUAAAGGAGAGUUUUGUUUAGACUUUUUUCAUUACAGCUAAGUAUCUGGAUAUAAUGCAUAAUAGUAUUGUAUAAAUGCAGGAAGUUACAACUUGAGAAACGAUGCUAUCUUUAAAAAUGUUAGCUACACUGUCUUCAAUGUUUUGUAUGUUGUAGUAGCAAACUAUAGUGAUGUACAUAAGCAGAAAAAUAUCAACCUUUAAGCAUCUUAAUGACACUUUUAUAUUUAUUUCUUGUAAUAUAAAUUUAAAUAUUCCUAUGUAUAGCAAAAUAAUUGGUAUUUUGUUUUAACUUUUAUUGUAAGUUUGCAUUUGUCUUUAAUUGAAAUAAUUAACUUUAACAUAGAAUGAUACAGAAGUUAAUUUGUUCAGUAAGUGAAAUCACUUACAGUGGUUUAAAUAUAUUCAGUAGAUACAGAACUGUAAAUACAAACACUAUCAGUCUUGAACCUUUAGCAACCUCUUAGUACACACACCACAGAGGGAUAGAAACUGGGUGUCGUCAAAGUAGAGUGCCAUGAAUGAGGGAGUGAUAAAGUAGUCAGUAGGUUAUUAAAUACAACUAAGUUACGUUAGUGGCUUGAGUAAGUCAAUGGGAACUUUUGCCAUUGAUUUCAGCAGGGUCAGUAUUUUAUCUUGAGUGGUGGCUCCAGAGAUUAAACACACUGCCAUUUCUUAUUGGCAAUGAUAGAGAAAAUUAGAGAAGUGUUAUUUUUUUGAAGAAAAAAUACAGAGAAUAAAUGCUGGUUGCUGUAUUUAGUAGCUGAGAAAUUGCUUGUUUCAUUGUGUGGCUGUUUUUUAAGGGGCAGCUCUUGAGCUAUUCUAAUGAGUAUUUCUGCUUGUAUUUUGGCCCUUGGUUGGCAAGCCACAUCCUGAGGGCCUAGCUCAGUAAUUCCUGAAGCAAAAUUUCAUUCCCUUUGUGCUAUUUAUCUGAAAAAGCUGGAUUUUGGCUCUUCGUGUACAACAGAGGAAAGAAAAUAGAGCCCAUGCAACAUCAUGAAGAUUCUUUCUGAACAGAAAUUAGCCUGAGCCCUGGUUGUGCCUCUUCUUCCUCACACGAGUGUGCAGCUGCGGCCAUUGCUUUUUUUUUCCUUGCGUUCUUGGUCAAAGGUUGGAUGCGCCUGGAGCAAGAGCUAGAACAAACUGCUGCCACACUGUGGAGUGCCAGCCCCUGCAGAGGGGAUUUUUUGAGGCAGAUGCUUGCUGGAAGGGAGCAAGGGCUUUGCUUUCCCAGAGGACACGGUAGGGAACCCUGGAAACACUCUUCUCAACAAAAAGCAUCAGUGAAAUGCCUCCUAUCUGGGGCUCUGUUGUAGUUCAGCAAUCGAACCUCUUCAGUACUCAAGCCCUCUUGUGGUUCUGUAUGCAACGCAUGGGUUCUUUUGGUCACCUGUGUCCAAGACUACUCUGAGUAUGCUUUUACAGUGAGAAUUUAAAGUAUUCGUUGUGUUUAUCCACAAGGUUUUAACUGCUUGUUAAUAAAAGACUGUACUGGAAUGCUAGUAGCUGGAAUGCAUUUCUGUGAAUGCUUUAACUAUUUGGCAAUUGCCUUUGCACUGUUUCUUGUAAAUUUAUUUAAUGUUCUUGUAUUUAUAUUUUCAACUGUAAAAAAGGUAAUAAAUUUACAGCAAGUACAACAUGUAAAAUAUAUAAACUUUGUCUUCUAGAUAACCGUGUUGUUAUAGUGGGCUGUGUUACAAUUCUUCAGAUUACAUGAGCUGCAGUAUGUAAUUACCUCUUGGAGAAAAUGCUGACUUAGCCCUUACAUUUAUUGUCUUCCACAUAUUUUACCUUUCAUGUUUCUAGCAGAUUUUUUUAGCAGAGAAAACCCUGGCAUAAGUCUGUCUAGUCAAUGCUUGUGCUCAGGUCUGCUGAAGCUCUUCCACAAGAAUGCUAUGAGCAGAAGCAUGUAGCUGAGUUUGGCUUCAGUAAUUAAAUUACCUAUGGAAACGCAUAUCCCACUGUCACUGACCUGCUUGGAGUCUUCUUUUGGUUUUACUUUUGCACACUAACAUAUGUUAGGAUUCUUUUAAUCAUUUUUACUUGAUUUAUUCCUGGAGGUGGGGAGUCUUUUCUGACUUUGCCACUUAAAAGCAUGCACAUACUGUAGUAAAAUUUUGCACACACAGCAGCAUAUUUUAGCUCCGUGAA